UCCAGUCUGAGCCGCGCAAGCCGAUCUCACGUCACUCGCGUACUGUGUGCGUUUGCCACCAAGCGCGUAUCUCUGUAAAUUCUCUUGUUAAAAAGCGCAACUACGCAGAAGAACUCUAGGUUAUCUGCCCUCGCACAUGUCCGAUUCUUCAUAGCGACAAGCGGUUCUCCACCUGUGGAUCUUGUCUGGGCGUUUAUCCGGCGUAUGAAUGGACCCGACAUGGAGGAGAUGCCGUUUCACAAAGUCAAGACCCGGCGGAAGAGAAGCCACUGCCCGCCCGGUGUUAUCGCCUGCGAGGACGAGUUCGAUUGCAAAGAGCUCGAGUCUCUCUUUCACAACUACAACCUGAAGCUGGAGCAGACAUCCACUCUUAAAGCGCUGUCCGUGCUCAUUCUGAUGACGUCUAGUCUGAGUCUACUGGAGCUGCUGUCCGGACCUAGUCUCACCAUCUCAAAGGGCUCGUACCCUGUGCACUUUAUCAUCUUCAUCUCCCUCUUUAUUGUUACCAAUGUCAAGUACCUGCAGGUGACUCAGCUGCAGCAGAUCGUGCACCUGACUCUGCUCUUCAGCUUCACAUUCUCCAUGCUCUGCUGUCCGUUUCCGUACGUGUCCAGCGGUUCCGGUCCUGAUCAGGGCGUGUGGCAGCUCGUGCUGCUCACAUUCGUGGCGUACUGUCUUCUGCCGGUUAGGACUUUGCUGGCUCUGCUGUUCGGGAUCAUGGUCGGUGUAUCGCAAGUGAUAGUCACAGCCACGUCAAUCACGAUCAAAACGCACAAACUGUGGAGAACGUUGGUUGCAAACACAGUGUUCUUCACGGGUGUGAAUCUAUCUGGUCUGUUUGUCCGAAUGCUGACAGAGAGAUCUCAGAGGAAAGCAUUUCUCCAGGCCCAAAACUGCAUUGUGGAGAGAUUGCGCAUGGAAGAAGAGAAUGAAAAACAGGAGCGUCUCUUGAUGAGUCUGUUGCCCAGGAAUGUUGCAAUGGAAAUGAAGGAAGAUUUCCUUAAACCCCCAGAGAGGAUCUUUCACAAGAUUUACAUCCAACGGCAUGACAAUGUCAGCAUCUUGUUUGCAGAUAUCGUGGGCUUCACCAGUCUGGCGUCACAGUGCACUGCACAAGAGUUGGUCAAGCUCCUAAAUGAGCUUUUUGGCAAGUUUGAUGAGCUGGCUACGGAGAAUCACUGUAGGAGAAUCAAGAUUUUGGGCGACUGCUACUACUGCGUUUCAGGACUAACACAACCCAAAACUGACCAUGCUCACUGCUGUGUGGAGAUGGGUCUGGACAUGAUCGAGACAAUUACGUCAGUAGCUGAGGCCACUGAGGUGGAUCUGAACAUGCGUGUUGGGCUGCACACAGGUCGUGUGCUCUGUGGGGUGUUGGGUCUCAGAAAGUGGCAGUAUGACGUGUGGUCAAAUGAUGUGACUUUAGCCAAUGUGAUGGAAGCAGGUGGACUACCUGGGAAAGUGCAUAUCACACGCUCUACACUAGAGAGUUUGAAUGGAGAUUAUGAGGUGGAACCAGGAAAUGGCCAUGAGAGGCACUCUUUCCUUCUCAAACAUGACAUUGAAACAUUCUUCAUAGUACCAAGUCACCGCAGAAAGAUUUUUCCUGGCCUAAUCCUCUCAGACAUCAAACCUGCUAAAAAGAUGAAGUUUAAGACAGUGUGUUAUUUACUGGUGCAGCUGAUGCACUGCAGAAAGAUGUUCAAGGCUGAGAUUCCCUUCUCAAGUGUGAUAACCUGUGAGGAUGGAGAUAAGAAAAGAGUGCUUAGCUCCGCACCAGAGAAGCUCGGAAACCAGACUUCAGUAUCAGCAAAUGCCACUCAAAGCAGUCCGGGAACAAGAGUAAACUGCUACAUCAACCAUUUGAUUGAGGCCCGGCAGGCAGAGUCUGACACAGCUGACCUGCACUUCUUCACGCUCAUGUAUAAAGACUCUGAGCGGGAGCACAGGUAUCAUCAGCUGAAUGAUGAGUAUUUCACUGGCGCUGUGGUGCUGUCUCUGUUCUUCGCUGCGAUGUUCGGCAUCCUCUACAUACUCAUCAUACCACAGGGGACUGUCGUGUUGGUACUCUUGGUUUUCUGCAUUUGUUUUCUAGUGGCGUGUGUCAUGUAUUUGCACAUCACUAGAGUUCAGUGUAUUCCUGGGUGCCUCACCCUACAGAUCCGAACAGUUCUGUGUGUAUUCAUAGUGCUCCUAAUAUAUGCAGUGGCCCAGGCCUGUGUGGUGGGCUGCAUGCCGUGGCUUUGGAUCACCAAUUUCACUCACUCCAUUGUUAUCAUUGACACUACUGGUGGGGUCAACCACACCAUGGCCGAGCUUCCAUGUGAGGGGGCCCAGUACACUUUUUUAUGUUGCAUGGUGGGCACACUGACAGUGGCACUCUUCCUCCGAGUUUCCUGGGUGUCUAAAAUGGUCCUGUUAUUAGUGCUGGUGCUGAUAUACAUUACAAUUCUGGAGCUCAGUGGAUUCAGACGAAUUUCGGGGUCUGGUUUGAUCAGUAGUUUGGAGCCCAUCCUUUCUCUAACGGUCUUCUCCACCGCAUUGGCCCUACACUCCAGACAUCUGGAACUUAAACUGCGCCUUGACUUUCUAUGGGCCACACAGGUACAAAAAAAUCUGAUCAUAGCCACACAUGGACCAUUUAAGAUUAGUCUCUCCUGGCUUUGUAGUUCAUCAAAACAUUUUCUGGCACGUAGCAUGUAGCGUUUAUUUGUAGCUUACCUGAAUUUUGUGAGUUUCCUCAUCUUUUAGUUGAAUAUUCGGUAACUAAUAGCUAUAUAUAGCUGUUAUUAGACUCUGCGCUCCACUUUUUUCCUGUGAUUGUCUACAUUUUAUUACUUUUUCCUACAAUCCAACACUGUGCAUCUGCAUACCGCCUCUACUAUCACAACAUCAAUAACUGAGGUAAGUCAUGCCUUCUUCUCUUGGUAAUGUGUCCUGAACCUCAUGCCACAUGUAUAGUUUAGCUUCUUCUGUCAGCAAAGAGGGUUUUACAUGGGCUAAAUGUAAGGAAGAAGUCAGACUGACGGAGAAAAUCACAGAAUUAGAGACACGCAUCAGAACGCUAGUUGAGGACAGUCAGCGUGAUAAUGUAUAUACUGUUUCGGAUUUGCCCGUUACAGCAAGUAAUGAACACUGACAUUACUUCAAAGCUAAAAGUGCUGGCUAAUGCUAAAUGAAAAUGCUUUUAAGAUUUUUAUUCACGUUGGCAGUUCUUAUGUUCGACUUUGUCAGUCGGAGUUUACUAAAGGUAAUGUUAAAGUGGUGUGUAAGCUCACAAAAAACACUAUCACAGGGCUGUAAACUAACAUUUGAGAAAGGUGGCACCAGCCCUUAAUUUGGUAGCACCAGAGUCAUGGGGUGAGGUAAGCAAAAAGAAUAAUUAAUUUAAAACUUCUUUCAAAUAUGUUUAAUACUGUAACAUAUGAGUAAUCCAGGCUGGAAGCGGAUACACAUGCAGUUGCAGAUUUAUUAAACAUAAGACAAAGUAACAAAAUAACAAAAGAAUAAAGAAACAAGGACUAAAACAACAAGGAAACCAAAGCAACAUCAAAUAACGACUGACACUAGACAACUGAAUCACAAGGGGUGCUUCUCAAUUCUUAUUUGUACAUCCUCGUUUCCUUUCCUCACUUCCUUUCCUCGCGUCUUAGCUCCACCCCUUCAGGAUCCAAGGGUAGGGAGCAAGGAAAAGACGUGAGGACAGAGGAAUUAAAAGAAGUGAAAUGGCAUAUCCUCGCUCUCUUUAGCUUCACUUCAAAGCGCUUUCAGUUAAUGAGGACUGUACACAUUGCACAUUGAAAAUAUUAAAAAUAAAGUUAAAUACAUACUUAAUCGCCAUCAUAAUCCCCACUACAUUAAAAUAAAGUUAAAAACAUGCUUAAACGUGCUCAGAAAUGUAUAUAAGGCAUGUCAAAUAUAUGUCAUAAAUAAAUAUUAACUAUAUUACUAUUAACUAUACUGUCUGAAAUAGGUCUACGUUUACAAUAUUUGAAUAUGAUCUAAAGAUGUGACGAUGUGCAGGGGGAGAAGAAUAUAUACAGGUCAGGUUUAGUUGAUAAAACACUUCUGCAAAGGAAACACCUGUGUAUCUUCACUCAUGACUCCUCAGAAAGCCUCCUCGAUCCCUGCCUCCACCUGGUGCAGUUAGAGAAUUGAGAUGUCCUUAAAGAUGGCUGCGGUCCAUCCGGGUCAUCGGAUGGCGGCCGGAGGAGCAAGGAAACAAGGAGGCACAUUGAGAAGCACCCAUGGACUUAAAUACAGAGAACAUAACAAGAUGACAAGGCACACCUGGGGAAGACUAAUUAACACCAAAAACUACAACAGACUACAAAACACAUGACACAGACAGGAAGUAACUAAAAAUCCAACAUGACAGGAAACCCCAAUUCCGUUUUUGUGACUAUAUCAGAAUUUUUUGACCACCCGUUUACACCCUAUUUUAAAAGUGACCCGUACACGAUAUCUGCAUUUACACUUUACACAGUGAAACCACCCAAGUUAGAUGUACUGACCAGUAAAAAGAAGAAACGUCAUUUACCACGUCACUUAUUUUUUGACUGAAAUGAUUUUUUUUG